AUGUCUCAGGAUUCGACUUCGACAAGAUCACCGCCAUUUGUUUUGUUAGACGGCGUCCCUAAUUUUCGUGACCUUGGGAGCUAUGCGUGUUACCCUUCCACUGCGCCGUCUUCAUUGACCAAGACUGCCGACGAGACUCGAGUUGGAGAGUGGUGGAUCCGACCAGGCUUCCUCUUCCGUUCCGCACAGCCCACUCAAAUUACCCCUCCAGGGACGGAAACAUUGACUAAGACCCUUCAAAUCCAAACCGUCUUCGACUUUCGCUCAAAGGGGGAGAUCCAGCUCGUGACUACCCGCUAUCCCAACUCCCUCCUGGAUAUCCCAGGGACGAGGCGUCACGCAGUGCCGGUAUUCCAGGAUGGAGACUACUCCCCUGUUUCCUUAGCAAAACGGUACGGAGUGACCUCGGAUGGACCCACGGAGGAGACGGACACCGAGCGGGGUUUCGUUAAAGCCUACGAGGACAUUGCGCGCAGCGCAGCGCAAACGGGUAGUUUUCGCACCAUUAUGCAACACAUCUCGCAAAACCCAGCGGGUGCGGUCCUGUUCCACUGUACGGUGGGAAAAGACCGUACUGGAGUAUUUGCCGCAUUGCUCCUCAAGCUGUGCGGAGUGGCGGAUGAGGACAUCGUGGCUGAUUAUGCGCUCACGACACUCGGGCUGGGCACGUGGCGGGAGCAUUUGAUUCAGCGGCUCUUGCAGAGAGGGGAAGCUUCGACUCGGGAACAGGCGGAGUCUAUUAUAAGUAGUCACCCGGAAGACAUGCGGGCAUUUUUGACCGAUGUAGUAGCAGCCAAGUUUGGGGGAGUGCGGAAAUACUUUGUUGACCUCUGCGGCUUGCAGGAGGAUGAGCUCGAUCGGGUCGUUACCACGCUCGUUGUUCCGAAGGAAAUCAAAGAAGGGAUAAAAGAGUAA